UAAGAGUGGGGAUUUUUACAUUUAUGUGAGGAACGUCAGUUUUUUUUGCAUUCAUCUAAUAAUUUCCCUGUUUUAGCCAAGUUUUUUCGUAAAAAGUGACUCAAGAAAACCAUGAGCAUGUCGCUCUUCGGUUCAUUAAUGGGUAUGGACGAUGAUCCUUUCUUCGGAUCGGCAAUGCGUCAAAUGCGUAGCAUGGACAACAUGAUGAACUCUAUAUUUCAAGACUCCUUUGGCAUGGGUGGUAUGCCAGGCAUGUUCCGAGAGUUUGACCAUGCCAGACCUGCAAUAACUGGAAUGCACACUCUCAUGUCUCCCUUCGGAAUGCCACCCAUGAUGCACAAUUUGAAUCGGUUGAUGAGUAGCUCUGUUGAUUCUAUGGGACCAUCUAUAGGAUCUAUGGGUAAUGGACAUUUUAGCAGUUCCAGCACUGUUAUUAGUAUGACAUCUGGACCUGAUGGUCGGCCACAGGUAUAUAAGGCAACAUCUAGCACAAAAGUAGCCCCAGGAGGAAUUAAAGAAACUCAAAGAACUGUCUCUGAUUCGGUAACUGGAACCAAAAAAAUGGCUAUUGGACACCACAUUGGAGAAAGAGCACACAUUAUUGAAAAGGAACAAAAUAUGCAUACUGGAAAUCGGGAGGAAAGAGAAGAUUUUAUUAAUUUAGAUGAGGAUGAAGCAGAAGAUUUCAACAAAGAAUGGGAGACAAAAACCAGAUGUGUUUCAGAAAUUCCUAGGAUAACUUAUUCCUCUGCUAGAAAUCGGCAUGCAUAUGGAGGUGCUCCUGCUGUACCUGCUAUUACAGCCGGUUCCAGUAGCCGCCGUCACAGAGAUAUUAGAGACAUGAGAAGCUCGAGCCACCUGGUGUCGGGACGAAGAAGCAUUAGAGGGCCAAAGUUAGCUUUACCGCUUGCUACCAGCACACCUUCGUCUAGAUUAGCUCGUCGUUAAUAACCUCAACAUAAUUCCAUCUUCACUUCGGUCAACUCUCAAAGGACCCCAUAUACUGUCCCAGGCCAAGAGAAACCCAAAAAGAACAAGAAUGUUAAAAUAGUAUCUGGUACGAAUCAAGAAAAAUAGGUUUAAUUUUCUUUUUCAGAAUUAAGAGUUUUGUCUAGUUACAUUUACUUUUAUAUAGUCAUCACAUAUUAGACGAAUUAUUUUCACUUUUUUUUUUUAAUAUAAUUUAAUACCAUAGGCGUGAUUACCUAACGUGAACCGCAUUGAUUCUACCAAUAACUAUAAUUUUACUUCAAACUGUAUACACACUUAGAUGUUUUCAAACGUCUAAUAUGUGCCAAACUUGUAUCGUUUAUUGUUUCUCUCUAAAGGUUUUCAUUCCUUGUAUUGUAGUUUUUGUGUAUUUUAGUAAAGGUUAAGGCAGUGCAACAUCGGGAUUAAACAUUGUUUAAGCAGG